UGGCUACAGGAAGAAGUUCAAUUAAAGUUCCAUGUGAAAAUGAAGACUUACCUGACAAAAGAAAAUGCACCAGAUUUUGAUGAGGACACUUUACGAGGUGAGCUAGGUUCAACUUCGGCUUCAGUUAUUGUUAGAGCAAUUUCUAUUCGAUCAGUUUCAAGAAUGCAAGCAGAUGUGGAAAAGGAUACAUACACUGUAUGACCACUUUAAAGGAUAUUUGGCCAGUCAUGACUCUCUUCUAUGAUUACAAUAUGCUGUUCAUUGAGAAGAUCUAUGACACAGAAACUUUUGCUAUUUUCUUUUCUAACAGUUCAAAGCAAUAACACAAAGUUAUAAUAAGUUAAGACUUUAUUUGAUCAUCAUAUAAAAUCCAUUGUAAGUUUGCAUCAUAGGUACCAUCAUCGUCAUCACCAUCAUCUUUCUAUUUUAAUGAAACAUAAUCACUUUGAAACCUUCAACAUUCCCUCCUUUCUCCUCGAGCAACCCACAGGCAUUUGAUCUUCAUCCAAGCCAAAGAGAGGGCGGGGGGGGGAGGGGGUUACCCUGCCUGACUGGCGUUAGGGAAUUUGAAUAAAAACUGUCACAUCUAAUAUCCAGUAGAGUACAAGUGUUAAUUAUCAUUGAAUAUGGAGGUGUUUAAGGUAGAUAGUGUACUUUCACUAACAAAUGGCUCAGAAGAAAUAAGGCUUCAAGGUCUAGGUUUUAAAGCUUGGUCAAUUAGUUUUUAAAGCUUUAUCAAUUAGUUGAAAGUGAAAUUGCUAAUUAUUUCGCCUUUACAUAAGAUUGUGUGGGACAAUUGAACAUUUUAUUAAUUUUUCCCAGGAAUAGGAAUUUUAGGAAACCUAUCUCCAAAAUCUCUCAUCUCCAGGGGUUUGCCUCGAAUUAAGAGAUGCUUAUAAUUCUCAUCAUUAUUCUUACCCAUGUUGUCACCUACAUUGUUAGCAUCAUCAUAACUAUUGAAAAUCUGCAGAUUUUAAAUCUCCAGAUCUUGGCAGCUCUGACUAUACACGAAUAAUUAUUAACUACGACCACAGACUUCGACACCCAUUUUUAAUUUUUUUUUUCGAAUUAUUUUAUUUUUUUCUUUGCAGCCACAGCUGAUGUUUAUAGGAAUGAGGGUAAUGAGGCCUUCAAGAAAGGAGAUUUCAUCGAUGCUAUUCAUUUUUACACCAAAGGAAUUAAAAUGAACUGCAAUGACAAAGAACUGAAGGCCAAACUGCACAACAACAGGGCAAUUGCACAUUCUAAACUUGGUAAGAUAAUGAGAACUUUAAUAUGCAUUAUUUAUCUAUUUUGAAGCUAUUGAGUUGUCAGUAGUAGUUUUCUGAAAAAUGUGAUGAUUUUGAAUGCAUGCCCGGAAAAAUUUACAUCUUAUCUUGGCCUCUCAAAUAUACAAAGAAGUAACCUCUUACCCCAGAUAUCAAUGAGCAUCACAAGUUUUUCCCAAAAUUAUAGUAAUGGUAGUUGGUUUGCAACAUGCAUGGCUACUCAGAGAUAUUUAUUUCAAUAACAGGAAAUCACCAGGAUUCACUAAGGGAUGCAGAUGCAGCCAUUGAGUUAAAUCCAACUUUCCUUAAGGCAAUUUUGAGAGGUUAG